UGUUUACGUUCGUUCUGGUACCCGGAGCUGUGGGGGCGGAUUUUUUUUUUUUAGGUGGGGGGGGGGAGCAACAGGCGGACAGAAGAAAGUUCUCCGCGUCCGGGAGAGAGGAUAUUAAGCCGUUGUCAACGUUUGGCCAAAUUAAUGACAGACUGGGGAGCGCGUCGUCCGCGUGGAAAUGGAGCUGCUUCGGUUUUCCGCUUUCUGGUGGGGAGCGGUCCUCCUCGGCGGAGUCGCGCUCGACGGGGCGGGGGCCUAUAUCAUGAAAGUAAGGAGGCUGUGCAAGUUCUGCGACGUCCGUCCGACCACCUGCCCAGGUAAAGGGAGCUGCACCGCCGACUGUGAGCGCACGUCCAUCUGCCCCGCUGACGAGGACGUGUGCGUCACCAUUUGGAGGAAGAACGGCGACAACCUCACCGUCGACACGGUGUGCCACAACCCGGCCGAGACGCUGUACGGCCUGGUGCUGGAGGACUACAAUAACAGCAAGUGUGAGAUGAAGGAGCGGCGCGGCAUGGGCUCCCUGUUCUUCAUGUGCUCCUGCACCGAGGACGAGUGCAACGAGCAGCUCUUCUUCACCCACAACUCCCAGACGCCCGCCGUCAUCUUGGUGAGCCUGGUGCCGCUGCUGGUCGUGGCCGUGGUCGUCAUCACCUUCUUCUACUGCUACCGCGUGUACCGCCAGCGCCGGGCCAGCCGGCGCCGCAAGAAGGGCCCGCCGCUGGAGUUCAGCGACGGCCGCGCCAUCAUGAUCGACGACGAGGGCUCGGACAGCAGCUCCACGCACGCCAACAACCUCAACCACAACACGGAGCUGCUGCCCAUCGUCCUGGACGUGCUGGUGGGGAAGGGCCGCUUCGCCGAGGUCUACAAGGCCAAGCUGAAGCAGGGCUCCGCCGUGGGCGUGGAGCAGGGCUUCGAGACGGUCGCCGUCAAGAUCUUCUCGGACGAGGAGUACACGUCGUGGAAGAACGAGAAGGAGAUCUUCUCCGACGCCGACCUGCGGCACGACGGCGUGCUGCACUUCCUGACGGCGGAGGAGCGCAAGAUGCACGGGCAGUUCUGGCUCAUCACGGCGUACCAGCCGCGCGGGAACCUGCAGGAGUACCUGAGCCACCACGUCAUCGACUGGGCCGACAUGUGGCUCCUGGGCAGCUCGCUGGCCCAGGGCGUGGCCCACCUGCACAGCGACCGCACCGCCUGCGGCCGCUACAAGGUGCCCAUCGCGCACCGCGACGUCAAGAGCUCCAACAUCCUGGUGAAAGGCGACCUGACGUGCUGCCUGUGCGACUUCGGCCUCGCCCUGCGCCUGGACAACGCUCUGUCUGUGGACGAGCUGGCCAACAGCGGGCAGGUGGGCACAGCCAGAUACAUGGCGCCCGAGGUGUUGGAGUCCAGAAUCAACCUAGAAAACAUCGAGUCCUUCAAGCAGGCCGACGUCUACUCCAUGGCCCUCGUCCUGUGGGAGAUGAUCUCCAGGUGUAGCGCAAUCGGAGAGGUCAAAGAGUAUGAGCCCCCCUUCGGGAACCUGAGGGAGCACCCGUGUGUGGAGAGCAUGAAGGACAGCGUUCUGAGAGACCGGGGGCGACCGGAGAUCCCCAACAGCUGGCUCAGCCACAGAGGCAUUCAGAUCGUGGGCGCCUCUAUAGAAGAAUGCUGGGACCACGACCCCGAGGCUCGUCUGACGGCCCAGUGCGUUGCAGAGCGCUUCGACAACAUCGAGUACCUGGACAAGCUGUCGGAUCGCUCCGACUCGGAGGAAAAGAUUCCUGAAGAAAUCUUUGUGGUGGAUGAGAAGUAGAGGUCAACAGAAGCACAGCCCACACUAGGGCAGCUGAGGAAUUUCCAGCCAAGCAGCUCGAGGAGGAGGAGGAGGAGGAAGGACUUCCAAUGGAAGCAUUGUUUGCCAUGGGUUCAACCAAGUUUAGAUGGAGGAGCGAACUGGAGAGCAAGCAGCUUCCAGAGACGGACCUGCAUAGAGAAUAUAGAUCAGGGUCGAAGUAAAAACAGUAUGAAUGCUAGUCAGCAACUUUCUUGUACAGUACAUGCUUAAAAGACUGGAUCACGUCAUAAACAAGCAGGAAAAUCACCUUAAGCCUCUUUAACCAAAUGCUGUUUGCACUUUAUCUGUAUCUAUGCACACCAAAUGAUAUAUAUUCAGUGUUGUUAUAUUGGAAAAAGGGCGUUCAGACAAAGAGUGUGAACUGCCAGGACACUUAAUGACACUAAUAUGCCCCUUUACCCCACUGUCUGCGCACUGUUUCCCAGGAGCUGGUGGAUGUGACAUAGGAUUCAAACAAACUCUUUGUUCCAGCAUGAAAUGGAAAUUAGCACCAGCAGAGGAAUGGAAGCAGCCGGACAAACGAUGCUCUGCAGGGAAGUCUGAUACCAAAUCUAAAGGGACCACGAACUGUAAAACAAAGGCGGCAAAUCAGCCUGAAAGGAAAAAGGGAAUGUGUGUGUGUGUGUGUGUGUGUGUGUGUAUAUACUGUAUGUGUGUAUUACUCAGAAACCUGUGUAACCCAAAGUAAAGAAUAUAUAAAAUACUAUGAGUAUCUUUUGUUAUCGCUAUGGGAUUUUGAUCUUGUGUUCAGAUUUAUAUCUAACGUUUGUGUAAAAAAAACUUAAAGCCACAAUUAAAAGUGUUACAGGA